ACUUCUAUCUACGGCUAUAAUAAGCCACAAUGUCAAAGUCAAAAUGGCAAAACGUCAAAACGUGGACAGGGACAGGAUCAUGACAGGAUAGUACCGUCAAUGUCAGUAGAGUUUAUGUCUGUCUUGCUUGACAGAUUAUGUAUGUAUGUAGUUGAUCGUCAGGCAACAGCAACCAUGGACGUCACGUUAUUUUAAUUAGAAAUUGCAAAAAAAAAACUAAAAAAUAGGUUUUAAAAUUACUGCUUCUUUCAAUUAAUUACUUUAAAUCAUUAAAUGAUCUUGGUCUAAAAGACAUAUAACAAUUCACACAAUGAGUAUACAGAAAGAGGUAUUACAAAACGAAGUGAGAGUUUCAAAAUGGUAUUUCGGUGGAUUUUCGUCAGCUGGAGCAGCUUGUGUCACUCACCCAUUGGAUUUACUAAAAGUACAAAUGCAGACCCAAAAAGGAAAGAAUAUUUCAAUGUUUCAACUAGUUGGGAUAGUCGUCAGAAAUCAAGGUAUCUUGGGCCUGUAUAAUGGUAUAUCUGCUUCAUUGCUGAGACAGCUAACAUACUCAACAGCUAGGUUUGGAAUAUAUGAAAUGGCCAAACAACAACUUACUCCUAAGGAUGGCCGUCCUAUUCCAUUUUACUUGACAGCAUUCAUCGCUGGAAUGGGUGGAUUCGCUGGGGGACUUGUUGGAAACCCUGCAGAUUUAGUCAAUGUACGGAUGCAAAAUGAUGUUAAGCUACCCCCUGAACAAAGAAGAAACUAUAAAAAUGCUAUUCACGGCAUAUGGCGAGUAGCAGCAACUGAGGGUGUACUUCGACUUUGGGCGGGAGCUUCGAUGACAUGCAGUCGUGCAGCGCUUAUGACAAUAGGACAACUGGCCUUUUAUGAUCAGAUCAAGUUACUACUUCUCACCACACCAUACUUCAAUGACAAUGUUGUGACACAUGUAACGUCUAGUUUAUUAGCGGGAGGCGUAGCAACAACUAUGACACAACCUGUGGACGUCCUGAAAACCCGUGCCAUGAAUGCUAAGCCCGGCGAAUUUAAAGGCAUUUUCCAUCUCAUUACAAGUACUGCGAGGGAAGGUCCCCUUGCUUUCUUUAAAGGAUACAUUCCAGCAUUUGUUAGGCUUGCGCCACAUACUAUCUUGACAUUUGUGUUUUUAGAACAAUUGAGAAUGAAUUUUGGUGUAAUCAAACACUAAAUAGGAAAUUUUACUAUAGGACACAGGUACUUUUAUAGUUUUGUAGAAUGGUUUUAGGAGGUGUGUGAUAUACUUGAUUAGAUUAUUUAGAUGCAUUUAGUUAUUCAAGAUAAAAAUAAUAACCAUCUUAUUUUAAACCUGCAAACAUAACGUGCUUGUGUAGAUCUUAUAGUCAAAGUGUAGUCGAAUUUACUUAACAACCUGUUCAUAGAACGAGAUCUGUCUUGGCAGAAGUCUGUGACUAUUCAAUACUAACAUUUUCCUUGAGUACAGGGUAAAUUCAAUGGGCAAAAACUUUUCAAUGGUUUCAUUGAGACUAUCAGUCAAGACAGGUAGUUGAUUUUUAUUUUUUGAUGAUAAUCUUAGCCAAAAAGUAUCUGAUGCAAAUGUGAUAUGGAACAAAUUCUGCAGAUGUAUAAGGUCCAGACCUUAGUGAGUAUGGUCUACAUUGCAGAACCAGUACUUCCAUGUACCGUUGUAUUUUACGGUCGUAAAUAAGUUUAUACUCAUUGUGCGAUUUGUCUACAAUAUGGAUGAUACUUUUCAUGGAUUUAUCCAUGUAUAAUCUACACAGUCUUACAGUUCGUAAAGAUUUAAAACUAGCGAAUUAAAUAAUUUGUUAUUGUAAGAAUUUUUAUAGUUACCAUUUUCUUGGAUGCUUUUUAUUGUUUUUUAAUGUUUUAUACAUAAUUUAUUUUUGAGAUUUUUAUGAUUCAAAUUGAACACUUCAAGUUACGUGGUUUUCCGCUGAAAUAAGACGGUUACGUCCCCGGUUCGUCUCUUUGUACGUUAGUCACUGGUAUUUUCCCUUUAAAUGAGUUCGUCUGCAAAUUCAUUGACUAGCAUAAUUUUCUUGAUAAUAUAUAUUAAAUCAGACAUAUUUUUGAAUACCGGAACCGCGAAAAAGCAUGCUAGUGCGAAAAGGCGCCACUCGCAGUUGAACUCUAGGUGCACUUUUCCAAGAAUUCUUGUACCUUUAAGUUACGACUGAUCUAACAUUCCGUGCACCGAAUGUUAUGUCUGUCCCUGGAAUGAAAAACAAUGUAAUAAUAUAUAUCUUUAUUAACACUUUCGAUGCCCAGCACCCGGGAUUCGAGUCGAACCAUAGUUCAUUCCUUAUGCCCGCAACCCGAAUACCGAGUCGUCGCUAUGUGUAGCUAUAGAUGCAUGUGCUCAUACCCAGGACCCGAAUAGCUAAGUAAGCUGUAAGGGUUGUCAAAAGUAAAUAAAUGAAAUCAAUUGAAAAAACAUCGCUUUAGUUUAUAACGGAUUAGAAAACGUAAAUUGGUAUUAUUCCAUCCAGUUAUUGCUUCAUUCCAGUAUUGUAUUAAUCGUUUGCCGAAAACUUUUUUAAAGUUAAAACAAAAGUGCAUCUAUCGCCUUUUGUGCAAUAACGAGAUUUAUGGUUCUUUAUCUCUGGCCCGUAAAAUGACAAACAAAGCGCGUGGUGAGCUGGGCAGCGAAAGUGUUAAGUUUUAUAACGAUUUCAACGAAGCCUCAAUUCGGUAACGGUUUUAUUCGUAAAGCAUUAUAUUCUUAUUAUAACUUCUUUAAAACUUUCAUAUCUUUUCUAUCCCCUAUUGAUUGCGAGGAUUUAACACAUUGACAUUCCAGGUUUUCUAAAGAGGCAAAUACUAGAUUCGACAUUUUAUAUACCAGCAGACACGUAAGUGAUCAAAGUGUAUUUUAUCUGAUUAAAGACAUUCAAAAUGUCUUCCCCUGCAAGGCAAAGAUACGAGAUUUUGAUUUAUAAAUACAUAAAUUCUAUUUGGGGCUGUGUUGUUUAAAAAUUAAUUAUGUUAUGUUUUAUAUCGUGCCAAAAUUAUAUCUAAAACGAAAUAGGAAUUUCUUGGUAUUUAAUACACUAUUCCAUUAAAAUAUGACAGUAUCGUAAUA